CAGCUUCCGCUUAAUUUCCUUUCUCUCUUCACAAAGGGUUUCUUAAUUGAUGUUAUUAAUUAACUGUUUAGUGUUAACCACAACUCUUCUGCAGCAGAUACAUACACUUCUUCAAACUUCAAACAUAUGGCAUCCGCCUCUUCUUCCACCUCAAUCCCACCACCACGAUCAUGCACCUAUCACGUGUUCUUGAGUUUCAGAGGAGAAGACACUCGCACAGGCUUCACUGGCCAUCUCUAUGCGGCCCUCAACAGGAAGGGAAUCUCAACCUACAAAGAUGACCAAAACCUUCGGAAAGGCGGUGUUAUUUCAAAAGAACUCCUCAAAGCAAUUGAAGAGUCCAUGUUUGCCGUCAUCGUUUUCUCACCAGACUACGCUUCCUCCUGUUGGUGCUUGGAUGAGCUCCAAAAGAUCAUUGAAUGUAAGAACCAACUGGGGCUACAGAUCGAGGCAGUGUUCUUCGGUUUGGAGCCUAGUGAUGUGAGGCACCAAAGAGGAACCUUUGAGGAAGCUUUCAAGAAACACGAACAGAAACAUGACCGUAAGAAGGUCAAGAGAUGGAGAGAUGCGCUAACACAAGUUGCUGCUCAUUCUGGUUGGACCUCCAAAAAUGAAGACGAAGCAGUACUUGUGGAAAAUAUUGCUCAACAUAUAUUUGAAAUAUUGAUUCCUAAGUUGCCAUCUUCAAUGAAGAAUCUUGUGGGAAUUGAAUCAAGAGUGGAACAAGUGAUUACUCUCAUAGGCCUUGGAUUGAAUGACGUUCGCUUUAUAGGCAUAUGGGGAAUGGGCGGCAUGGGUAAGACCACUAUUGCUAGAGCUGUCUUUGAAACCAUUCGAUGUAGAUUUGAAGUUACUUGCUUUCUUGCCGAUGUAAGGGAGAACUGUGAGAAAAAAGAUAUUACUGACAUACAAAAGCAACUUCUUGAUCAAAUGAAUAUAAGUUCAAAUGCUGUUUAUAACAAGUAUGAUGGGAGGACAAUAAUUCAAAACUCUUUACGUCUCAAAAAGGUACUUCUUGUUCUUGAUGAUGUAAAUCAUGAAAAACAACUAGAGAAUUUGGCUGGGGAGCGAGCUUGGUUUGGUCCUGGAAGCAGAAUAAUAAUUACAACUAGAGACUUAGAGGUGCUAAAGGAACAAGAGGUGCAUGAAACUUAUAAGGUUGAAGGGUUAGUGAAAAGUGAAGCCUUUAACCUCUUUUGUCUGAAAGCCUUUAAACAGCUGGAGCCUACAGAAGGGUUUUUGGAUUUGUCUAAAGAAGUGGUCAAAUACAGUGGUGGUCUCCCAUUGGCACUUAAAGUAUUGGGUUCCUAUCUUAAUGGUAGACCUAUUGCGGUUUGGUAUAGUGCUAUUGAAAGAAUAAAGAAGUCUUCCCAUUCUGAAAUUAUUGAUGCUUUAAAAAUAAGCUAUGAGGGUUUAGAUGAUAUGGAAAGGAAUAUUUUUUUAGAUAUUGCUUGUUUCUUUAAAGGAUUCCAGAAAGAUUAUGUAACGGAGAUAUUAGAAAGAUGUGGUCAUGAUGCUGAAAUCGGUAUUGAUAUUUUGAUUAAUAGAUCAUUGAUCACUAUAGACAAACAGUUGGGGAUGCUUGAUCGGUUGAGGAUGCAUGAUCUACUUGAAGAAAUGGGCAAACAAAUUGUAAUUCAGAAAUCUCCGAAUGAUGCUUGUAAGCGUAGCAGAUUCUGGUGUUACGAGGAUGUUGAUUUUGUACUUACUCAAAAGAAGAAAACUAAAGCAACUCAUGGCAUCGUUCUACAUGAGUGGUAUAGCGAGACUGAAGUGAAUCAGAGAGAUUUAUCUUUCUCAAAAAUGUGCCAGUUAAAGCUUCUCAUUUUAGAUGGCGUGACAGCUCCCAUUCUCUGCGAUAUUCCUUGUACAUUAAAGGUAUUUCGCUGGAGACAUUGUCCACUGAAAACUCUGCCCCUUACAGAUCAUCAACGCUAUGAGCUUGUUGAAAUUAAUCUGUCUGAAAGCCAAAUUGUACAGUUAUGGGAUGGAAAGAAGAUUCUAGAAAAGUUAGAGCACUUGGAUCUGUCAUUGUGCGAGCAGCUGAAGCAAAUGCCAGAUCUUUCUGGGGCUCCCAAUCUUAAAACACUUUAUCUUUCGAGAUGCGAGGAGCUGGAUUAUAUUCACCCGUCUCUCGAACACCACAAAAGGCUUGUUGAAUUGAAUUUAGGAGAUUGUAAGAGACUUGAAACACUUGGAGAUAAAUUGGAGAUGAGUUCACUCGAGAUACUAGAUCUAUAUGGGUGCAGUAGUUUGAGAAGACUGCCAGAUCUUUCUGGGGCUCCCAAUCUUAAAACACUUGAUCUUUGGGGAUGCGAGGAGCUGGAUUAUAUUCACCAGUCUCUCGCACACCACAAGAGGCUUGUUGAAUUGGAUUUAAGUGGAUGUAGGAGUCUUGAAACACUUGGAGAGAAAUUGGAGAUGAGUUCACUCGAGAAACUAGAUCUUCAUUGCUGCAGUAGUUUGAGAAGAUUGCCAGAAUUUGGGGAAUGCAUGAAACAGUUAUCAAAAAUUAUUCUGGCAUAUACAGACAUAGAAGAGCUACCCCCAACGCUUGGAAAUUUGGCUGGCGUGUCUGAGUUGGACUUAAGUGGAUGCACCAAGAUUACUGAUCUUCUCUUAUCACUUGGAUGUUUCGUUGGCCUUAAAAAGUUGGUGUUACGUGGUCUUCGACACAAAACUGAUGGGUUAGAGUCCCUCACAGUCAGAGCUGAUUAUGAUGAUUCUGACAGCACAUCUAGAGAAGAGUCGACCCUUUCCUAUGAUAUUGCCCACUUAGCCUCGUUGACGCAUUUGAAUUUAUCUGAGAGCAGUUUUUUAAGAGUUCCAAUAAGUAUCCAUCAACUUCCCAGACUUACAUGUCUGAACGUAAGCUGUUGCGAUGAAUUGGAGGUUUUACCAGAGUUUCCAUCAAGUCUACGAGAAUUAGACGCAUGGGGUUGUGAUUCACUGGAUGCAUCGAAUGUUGAUGAGGUUAUAUCAAAGGCGUGUUGUGGCUUUGCAGAAUCAGCUAGCCAAGAUCGUGAAGACUUCUUGCAAAUGUUGAUCUCCAAGAUCUCCAUAGAUUUUGGCCUAAGGAAUAGGUCAGCCAAGGUGAACCUGAAGAUUUUUCUGAUUAUCAUUUUUUUCAUGCCAAAAUAUAAUUCCCCUUCAACUGAAACCAUUGCACUUGCUCUUUCUUUCCUAUUUGAUGUUGACAAAGACUCUGAAGAACAGCCUCCGGUGAUCUGCAACGGUAAAGAAUUCAUCAACGGGAGUUUAUUGAACAUGUCGCGUAGAGGAGAUAAUUUAUGCAUUGUCUGCGUGAAUGGUUACUAUUUUAGUGACUUGUUUUGCCAACACAAUCGCUUCCAAAUGCUAUUUUCCAGUAAUUAUGAAAUCCGAGUAAAUAGAUCUGGUGCACGUUGGGUGACUAAGCAAGACAUUCAAGAUUUCAAGAAAAGAAAAUCCCAAACAGGGAAAACAAAAGCAACUCUUGAACUGAACAUGGACAUCAUUUCACAUUCUUCACCUUCUAGGAAUAAGAUGCAGUUGGUUGACCCUCCAAUAGCUGAGAUAAUGGAUUUAUGUGAGACAAAUAUAUUUGAAGAUGAUGUGAUUGAUGAAGUGAUCAACUUCGGGAAAGAAGAAAGCCAUGAAGCAAAACUCCUGGAAAGCAUUGCUGAACACAUACAUGAAAAGUUGAUUCCAAAGUUACCAUCUUGCACAGAGAACUGUGUUGGAAUGCUAAGAAGGAUUGGUUUGGGUUCCGACUUAUGUGGAAGAAAUGAUGAUUUCUGGCAUGAUACUAUUAAUGAAAUAAAAAAGUGCAUGGCAAUGGCAUCUUUAGCUGCUGAAGCCUCUUCUUUCUCCACUCCUCCUUCACCAAGAUCAUGGACCUAUCACGUGUUCUUGAGUUUCAGGGGUGAAGACACUCGCACAGGCUUCACUGAUCAUUUAUGUGCCUCGCUUGAAAGGAAGGGAAUCACAACUUUCAAGGAUGACAAGGACCUUGAGAGAGGUCAAGUUAUCUCUCUUGAACUUCUCAGAGCAAUUCAAGAGUCCAUGUUCGCGGUCGUUGUUCUCUCGCCAAACUAUGCUUCCUCUGCUUGGUGCUUGGAUGAGCUUCAAAAGAUUGUUGAGUGCAAACACAACCUGGGGCUACAGAUUGUGCCUGUCUUCUAUGGUGUUGAGCCCUCUGAUGUGAGACACCAAAAAGGAACCUUUGAUGAAGCUUUCAGAAAACAUGAACACAGAUUUGGUGAAGGCAGUGAGAAGGUUAGAAGGUGGAGAGAUGCUUUCACACAAAUUGCUAGUUAUUCUGGUUGGGAUUCCAAACAUCAACUUGAGGCAAGAUUUGUGGAAAGCAUUUCUGAACACAUACAUAGAAAGCUAAUUCCGAAAUUGCCAUCUUGCACUAAGAAUCGUGUUGGGAUUGCUUCAAGGUUGGAGGAAGUGAUUAAUCUCAUAGGUAUUGGGUUGAAUGAUGUUCGCUUUGUAGGGAUCUGGGGAAUGGGUGGCAUAGGAAAGACAACUAUAGCGAGAGCAGUAUACGAAGCCAUCCGAGGUGAAUUCACCGUUUGUUGCUUCAUGCGAAAUGUUAGAGAGUUGUCUGCAAAAAAUGGUUUUGUUCAGUUGCAAAGAGACCUUCUUGCAUGUCUAAACAUAAGCAGCUAUUUUCAUGACAUAGAAGAUGGAAAAACAACGAUAAAAAGUGCUUUGUGCAAUAAGAAAGUUCUUCUUGUUCUUGAUGAUGUAAGUGAGCUAAACCAAUUAGAGAAUUUAGCGGAGAACCAAGAUUGGUUUGGACCGGGAAGUAGAAUAAUAAUCACAGCCAGAGAUAUGCACUUGCUAGAUAUACAUGGAGUCCAUGGAACUUAUGAAGUUAAAGGGUUAGAUCGAGAAGAAGCUUAUAAUCUGUUUUGUUUGAAAGCCUUUAAACAACUUGAACCUAAACAAGGAUAUUGUUCUCUGUCUAAAGAAGUUGUGAAAUAUACUAAAGGUCUUCCUUUGGCAGUUGAGGUUUUAGGUUCCUAUCUAUAUAGAAGAAAUGCUGACUUUUGGCAUAGUACCAUUAGAGAAAUAAUGAGUUUUCCACAUUUUGAAGUUCUCAAUGCGUUGAAAAUAAGCUACAAUCAUUUGAUGCCAACAGAGAAGAGUAUUUUUCUUGAUAUUGCUUGUUUCUUCAAAGGAAUGAAAAAAGAUGAGGCAAUACAUAUAUUAAGAAUUUGUGAUUUUUAUGUUGGAGUUGGAAGUGAUAUUGGAAGCGGAAUUGUUACAUUGAUUGAUAAAGCUUUGGUAACUUUAGAUCAGAAUAAUAAGUUAGAAAUGCAUGAUGUGCUUCAAGAAAUGGGGAGGCAUAUUGUGUAUGAAGAAUCUCCAUGUAAACCAGGCAAGCGUAGCAGGCUGUGGUCUAAAGAUGACAUUCAUCAAGUGUUGACAAAUGAUCUGGGAACAGAAGCAAUUCAAAGUAUGGUUCUAAGCUUUGGACAUGAUAAAUUUUAUUGGUUUCAGAGUAAGCCAAUCUCAGCACAUUGGAGCACUGAAGCCUUCUCAAAGACAACACAGUUAAGAUAUCUCAGUUUACCAUACAUGGAACUUCCCCUUGGCCUCAACCACUUCCCUAGUUCAGUAAGAGUUCUGCAUUGGGAUUUUUGUCCUUUGGAAACUCUCCCCUUGUUAAAUCAACAAUAUCAAGCUGUUGAAAUCAAAAUGCAACGUAGCAACCUUGAACAAGUUUGGCAUGGCAAAAAGUUUUUCGAAAAGCUGAAGUACCUGGAUUUGAGUAGCUCCCGGAACCUAAAGCAGACACCUGAUAUUUCUGGGGUUCCCAUUCUUGAAACAUUUGAUCUCCAAGGUUGUGAUAGCCUAACUGAGGUUCACAUAUCCCUCGUACACCACAAGAACCUUGUUCACUUAAAUCUAAGCUACUGUGAAAUGCUUAAAACUCUUCCAGGUAAAUUGGAGAUGAGUUCCUUGAAGGAGCUGAUCAUUGAGCAUUGUGAGAGUUUCGAAAAUCCCCCAGCGUUUGGAGAAUGCAUGAGAAAAUUGUCAAAGCUUUCUCUAAGCGGAACUCCUAUAGGAAAGUUACCCUCAUCACUUGGAAAUUUAGUUGGCCUUGAAGAUUUGAACAUAAAGGGUUGUGGAAAACUUGAUUCUGUUCCUGAUACCAUUCAUAGGUUAAAGUCCCUCAAGAACUUGGAUCUUGGCUCUUGUUUUAACCUUCAUGGAUUACCAUCUUCAAUUUCAAGCCUCCCCUUGUUGAGUAAUCUAAAUUUGAGUGGAUGUUACCAGAGUGAAAUAUCUUUCUCUCAUGAUCUAUUUUGCUACUUCCCAUCAUUGAUGCAUUUGGAUCUAAGUGGUCACUGGUUUGCUAAUAUCCCAAUAAGCAUUCAUGAACUUUCCAAGCUUAGGUCCCUUAAGCUAAAUAGAUGUGGUUGUCUUCAGUUUCUGCCAAAACUUCCAUCUAGUAUUAGAGAAUUAGAAGCAUAUGGGUGUAGAUCACUGAACAUACUUGAAUCCAAUGUUUUGUCAACCAUUUGCACUGCCUUUAAAUCUUCUAGUAGCCAGGAUCAAGACAAUCAAGGUGUGGUCUUGGAAAUGCUGAUCCCAAGUACCAAAAUUCCAUCUUUGUUUGUCAAUUAUUCUCUGAAUGGUAAUGGUGCAGCACAAGCACUAGUCCCAUAUCCAAGUGAUUGCCGUCUGAAUAAAAAUUUAAAGGGUAUUGCAGUAUGUUUCCUGUUUUAUACAACGUUUUGGGGAUUUGAUAAAUCAGUGAAGUUGAAUUUGUCUGUUAGCAAUGGUAAUAGGUGCAUCAUUCCUUGGAGAACAUAUAGAAUGUGUGAUGGUUAUCACCUUUACAUUCUCUGCUUGACCAAUGAUUACUUCAGGGGAGAAUUUCACCGAGAUAUGGGGUUUAAACUAUUGCUUCGGCCGGAGGUUGAGUAUGGGGAAUUUGAUUCUGAAGAGUUCGAAUAUCUUCCUUGUUAUCAUGCCAAAGUAUUGAGCACUGACUGGGCAUGCAUCGAGGAUAUUGAAGAUUUGAACAAAAGUGGGAUUGAAAGGCAAAAGAAUGAAAGACAAAGUCUGUUUGACUUGAACAAAAGCACUGAGAUAAUGGAUAUAUGUGAGGCAAACAUAUUUGAAGAUGAUGUGAGUGAACUGAACAACUUUGGCAGGGAAGAAAGGAAAAAUAAUAUGUUGCUUAAUGAUAGAGGAGAGUUUAUGUUAUCUGAUUACUGGGAAUGUGUUUCUGUGUUAAAUUGCGGGUUUCAAAUUGUGAAUAUGAAAAAAGAUGGGUGGGGAGGAAUAUGA